UCAAACAGCGCCCCUGAGUAGGCGGACUGUGUCGCUGUCACAGUUUAAUACGCCUUCGGUUUAAAGGCUUUAAAAUUGACUUCCUGUCCCCCUCCUGCAUGCUGCUGCUAUGCUGUCUCUUUAACUGAAGGGGUCGCGGCCGAUCCUCCGCUCGCUCAUCAGGGUCCAUUCAUGAAUAAGACAACAUUCGGAGGGGGAAACUUGUGCUGUCGUGUCUGAUUUUUCGCUCAGCGGACCGGAUGCGAGGGGCAGGCAGCAGCCAGAUGUGUUCACCGCUGUCGGGGACACGGCUGAGAGCGCAGGAGUGACUUCCCAUGGCCGAGCCCCCUGCUGAUGGUUUUGACUUCAUGUUGCGAGCCGUCAGGAGCAGCAGCCGGAGGAGGAGGAGGCAGCUCGUUCAGGCUCACAGUCAAACAUGCUCGUUUCCUCGCAGAGUUUCGUGAUAUUUACGUGCUUCCGUCCAGACCGAGUCACUCUGAGUUAAAUAGUUCUCUGGUUCCGUCUUCCUUUUUUCUCCCCUUCUUUUUUAUCUGCUGAUAAAUGAAAACACACUAGCGGAGCUGUGGACCUGACGUACCGAUGGGGCUGUGAGUUAUGGCAGCGAAGGAGGACCUGUACGCCAAAGUGACACCGCGAAGGCAGCGCCAGAACCGACCCAACACCAUCAAACAUGGCUCUACUUUGGACGUGCUGCUGUCCAUGGGCUUCCCCAGGACCAGGGCGUUGAAAGCUCUGGUUUCAACUGGAGGCAAAAACGUCCAGGCGGCUUGCGACUGGCUGUUCUCCCAUUUGGACGACCCUUUCCUGGAUGACCCUCUGCCCAGAGAGUAUGUGUUGUACCUGCGGCCCAGCGGACCUCUGCUCCAGCAGCUCACACACUUCUGGAAGCAGUCCCGCCUCACCUGCGGGAAGAACAAGGCCCACAACAUCUUCCCUCACAUCACCCUCUGCCAGUUCUUCAUGUGUGCUGAUGAGAAGGUAGAGGCUCUGACUGACGCCCUGCAGACCACCGUGGCCAAAUGGAAAGGUCGCAUCCCCAUGCCUCUGCCUCUGGAGCUCUACAUCUCCUCCAGCUUCAUUGGGCUUUUUGUGGAGGAGCAGAUGGCUGAGGUUCUGAAGAGUUUCGCUGCUGACUUUGCAACCGAGGCGACAUCUAAAGCAGACGUCCAUGUUGAGCCCCAUAAAAAGCAGCUCCAUGUCACCAUGGCGUACCACUUUAAUGCCAGCCAUCUUCCAGUUCUGGAGAAGUUGGCUAAAAGCAUAGAGGUGACCGCAGGCUGUGAUUGGCUGGCUGUGCUCCUCUCCAGGGAUAUUCGCUUUGCUAACCACGAGACGCUUCAAGUCAUGUACCCGUAUGUGCCUCAGAACGACGACGAGCUGGAGCUGCUGCAGGGGGACUUCAUCUUCAUGUCUCCAGUGGAGCAGAGCACAGCCAGUGAGGGCUGGCUGUACGGCACUUCGCUGGGCACCGGGUUGUCCGGCCUGCUGCCUGAGAACUACGUGAGCCGUGCCGAUGAGUCAGACACGUGGGUUGUCCAUGGGUCUCACUCCUUUCUCAAUUGUGCCUCUCCAUCUGCCCCUGGUAGCCUCAUGGGAGGGCUUUUAUUAUUGCAACCAUAGGAACACAUUUGGAAAGCUCGGUAAAUGCCUACAACGUUUUCAUCUCAGGUAUCGAGGGCGACCGCUCACUCGUCCUCGUCCAAGAUGAGGCUGUUUGUGUGUCGCCAUGGCGAGAGGAUGGACGUGGUGUUCGGCAAACACUGGGUCGCCCAGUGUUUUGAUUCCAAAGGUGGAUACGUUCGUUCUAAUCUGAACAUGCCGUGCAGCCUACCAAGCAGGAGCGGAGGUCACCGGGACUAUGAAAAAGACUGUCCAAUUACUGUGUUUGGCUCCACACAGGCCCGUCUAGUAGGUGAAGCCCUGUUGGAAAGCCACACAACAAUAGACUUUGUUUACUGCUCUCCUUCUCUCCGCUGCAUCCAGACUGCUCAGCACAUCCUCCAAGGUCUCCAGCUGGAGGCCAAGACAAAAAUCCGCGUGGAGCCCGGUUUGUUUGAAUGGACCAAAUGGGUUUCCGGCACCAGCCUCCCGGCUUGGAUCCCCCCGGCUGACCUAGUGGCCGCAAACCUGAGUGUGGACACAACAUACAAACCUCAUCAUCCUGUAAGCAAACUGACCGUGUCGGAGUCCUACGACACCUACAUCAGCAGGAGCUUCCAAGUGACCAGAGAGAUUCUGACAGAGUGCAAAAGUCUGGGAAACACGGUCCUGAUUGUGGCUCAUGCUUCCUCCCUGGAGGCCUGCACUCGCCAAAUACAGGGCCUCAGCCCCCAAAACUCAAAGGACUUUGUCCAAGUUGUCCGAAAGAUUCCCUACUUGGGUUUUUGUGCUUGUGAAGAAUUGGGGGAGACAGGCGUGUGGCAGCUGGUCGACCCGCCCAUCUUGCCUCUGACACAUGGACCCAAUCACAGUUUCAACUGGAGGGAAAUGCUAAUGCAAGACUGAAGGAUAUGCUGUUAGACUCCCUAUAUUUUGUCAGCUUGAACUGCUGAAACAUUAUUUAUUUUUUCCUUUUACAAUUCUAGAAUUCCAUCCAAACUACCGAAAGGACAAAGAGAAACACAGAGUGGCUUCCAAUGAAAGACAUUAUGCAAAAAAUUAAAAUAAAAAUAAAACAAAAAUAUAUAUAAGCCAAUAAAUUGCAGCUCUUGUACUUAGAUGUGACGCUCAGGAAAGAGAAAACCCCAGUCUGUGCUGAGAUCACAGCAAAAGCAAGCUUCAGGUUGGAUGGCAUUUUCUGCCUGUCUCUCUAUAUGGCACUUAUUUACUGAGAGUGUGGAGGUGCUACAGAAGAAAAUUGGACGCUUCCUGAGCGAUGCGAUGGAACAAGAUUUUUAUCCGGAGCUCUGUCUCUGUCUGCGGCCCCUCCUCCAGCAGAGGGGGAAGUGGGUGGUGAAGACUUUGUACUCUGCUGCCUUUUCACACACUGUGACACGCAUUAGUUGAGACACACUUGUUCCACAAAAAUAUUUUUCCACUUGUCAGAAGCUAUUAUUUAACUUGUAGCAACAUCCCCAUUGUAUAGAAGAAGCACAGAAGAAAAGGUCGACAAUCAGACAGGGGAGCACCGGUCUUAAUUGUUUUUGGUUGUUGAUGUCAGCUUUAAAAAAUUUCUAUUAUUUCUGUUCCGGUCCUAUAAAUUUCAUAUCAUUUCCCUCCAAUGUUACACUUAUGACACCAUCUGAACAUUUGGCACUCUAGUAAAGCCACUGCCCACACAUCUUAUCAGUUGAUGUGACAAAUGAAAACUUUAAUAUUAAUUUGCAGGAUUAACUGCAUUGCUACUGAUAUGCAGGUGCCUCUACUAAAGUUUUUGCUUGUUAUCUCAUUACCAUACCUGAAACUCUGUUAACCUCAUAGAAACUUUGAUUUUCAAACUCUUGGUGAUUUCUUUUUUUUUUUUUUUGUUUUUUUUGUUUAUCACACGAAAUAAUUGUAGUACUCAUUGCCUAAUGCAUCUUUUGCUGUAUGAUUUGAAAGCUGUCAUACUCUAUCAAUUAAUAAAAGACAGUUUUGGAGCUGUUA